AUGUGGGAACCGGUCUCGCUCCCAUUCAAGAGCAGCACCCUGCCUCUACCUACUCUACCCACUACGGAUGAAAUCCGGUCCUGCUCUGAUAUUCUAUGGGAGCGCUGUUACGACAAGAUUGUUGCAGUAAACGACAAGGUUGUUGUCAAAUUUGGUGGCAGCGUAAACGCCUGGGAAGGCCAGGCUUUGAUUUACCUUGAAAAGCACGUACCCCAAGUUUCGGCUCCGCGACUGUACGCGAUGUACCAAGAAUCUAAUCAGGUCUUCCUGGUUAUGCAGCGUAUUCCGGGGGUGCGACUUGACUCGAUAUGGCCGUCGCUGACCCCUUCCGAAAAAGACGACAUUGUUGCCAAACUCCGCCAGAUGUUCGAUACUAUGCGGCAAGCCGAGUGUCCCUGGCCCAACUUUUUCGGAGGGUUGGAUGGCGGUGGUGUAUAUCACUACCUAUUCUACAGCCAAACGAAGGGUGAUCAGAAGCAUCUGGGACCUUUUCAUGGUGGAGCUGCCUUUGCUGCGGGCCUCGCUGGGAAUUUUCGAGCCUUGACCGAACGUAAUGGUAGACCGGACUACAAGGUCCGCCUAUACGAAACCCACCUUGCUAGCGUGCUUCAAGAUCGCCGGCCAACCUUGACGCAUGGGGACGUUCACCAGAAGAACAUCAUGGUCGUGGAGAAUUUGAAUGACAAAGGAGGCCGAUCAUUCGAUGUUGUGCUUGUGGAUUGGGAGAGAGCAGGUUGGUAUCCAGAUUUCUGGGAAUUCUUCUGCGCAGCUUCACUAUUUGAUAUGUGCUACUGGGAAGAGGAGUGGUGUUGGCAAGUCCAACAAUUUUUGCAAGUACCGCUCGCUGAGCUGGCCAUAAUGCGUAUGAUUGACAAGGAUCUGGGCUGGGGACGCUAA